CGUAAAGUUUAUCGGGUAUUUAUGUGCAUGCAAAUCUGGGUGUGUUGUUCGAGUGCUGGCAAAGAAAGAGUGUACAGUUGUCCUGUGUAUAACCUGUACAUACUUGAUAGUGUAUUAUCCACUGACAGCAACUCCUGCAUGGUAGACACACUUAUGUAUACUAUUACAAAUAUGUGUGUGUUUAUCAUUGUUUGUUCAGCCUCACCAUAUACUCAAUACAAAGAACCUGCAGGGUUCUGAAGCUUAUGUUUCUUUGCCUGCAGGUGCAAACACGUGACCAGUGGACACAGUGGGAAGCCAACCCGUAUGACGACCACACAUAUGUCCAGUAUCUGCCCAUUGGAUUCAGGGGAAAAUCAUUUGCUGAGUCUUUAACUGGAGAUGAUAUCACAUUUUAUACUGGCGUAUCCCAGAUAGUGUUUCAAAAGCUUGUGAAAGCGGUGUCUGCUUUGGCAAAGAAGCCAAGUGCCCUAACACGUGCUGACCAAUUAAUAAUGUGUCUAAUGAGGCUUCGCCUUGGGCUGCUGCAUGGACACCUUGCACGAAUUUUCAAGGUGUCUGUGUCGACUGUCAGCAACAACGUUUUAUACAUGCUGGAUUUGCUCAGCAAAAUCAUGAAGAACGUUGUUAUAUGGCUGCCGAAAUCGUGCAUACAGAACAGCAUGCCGCAGUCCUUUGUGGAAAACAAGCAUGAUGACACAACAUGCAUCUUGGAUUGUACUGAAGUGUUUCUGCAGCGUCCAAAAAAGCUGAUGGCAAGGGCACAAACAUACAGCAGUUACAAAGCUCACAAUACUGUAAAGUUCCUUGUAGCAAUUGCCCCAAACGGGUUCAUUAUGUUCGUGUCCAAAGCUUACGGAGGGCGUGCCUCGGACAAAUUCAUAACAAAUGACAGUGGCAUCAGUCACUACCUUGGACAUGGUGAUGUUGUGAUGGCGGACCGAGGCUUCGCGCUCACAGAUGAGAUGCAAAUUCAAGGUGUACGACUGAACACACCAGCAUUCACUAAAGGAAAACCUCAGCUGACCAACAAGGAAGUGACAAGUACAAGAAGAAUAGCAUCAGUACGCAUACAUGUUGAGCGUGCCAUUAACCGCUUAAAAACUUAUAGAAUAUUCAAGCAAGCCCUGCCCAUACGAUCCAAGAAAACCAUCAGUAAGAUGGUAUUUGUAUGCGCAGGACUCUGCAACUUCAAGUCAGACCUGAUCAAGAAGCCAGGUGUCUAAGAAAAUAAAUAGACUU